AUGAAAGAAAUUAGAGAAGUUUGGGGUUCCAAUGUUGAUUCAGAGCUACAAUUCUUCAAUCAGUGUUUAGAGCAAUUUAAUUUCCUAUCUUUCGACACUGAGUUUCCGGGUUUUCUUCGAAACACUCCCGGGAUGUGCCUGAGUCUCUGCUACAGUGAUUUGAAGUUUAAUGUCGAUUUGAUGAAGAUCAUCCAAUUGGGCAUCACACUUUCAGAUGGCAAGGAGAAUAUAUGUUUCACAUGGGAGUUUAAUUUUAGUGAUUUUGAUUUGGAGAAAGAUGCACAUGCCCAAGAAUCGAUUGAUCUUUUGAAGAAGUCUGGAAUCAAUUUUGAAAAGAUCAGGAAGGAUGGGGUAUCAAGGGAAGUUUUUGUGCCCAAAUUUUUGCGUAUCUUGUCACGACAUAGAAAUAUAAAGUGGGUCACUUUCCAUGGCCUCUAUGAUUUGGCCUAUGUUUUGAAACUGUUAUUGAACAAACAAACCUAUGCCAAGAUCUUUAUUCGAGUUUGUGGAAGUGGCAUCCAUGGCGUCGAGAGAAAAGGUACAACUCACAAUGCUGGUUCUGAUAGUCUCCUCACUGCCACUGUUUUUGAAAGAAUGAAGAUGAUGUCUGGGUUUCAAGAAGAAGUUUAUAGUGGAUGUUUAUACGGCAUCAGUACUCGUAUUGGAAGACGUAUGAAAAUGGUCCUUCCUUGCUAUUCUCCAUGGAUGAUUUUAGCUCCGGCCAGGCCUCCUCCUGCAGCCAUCUUUCGUGUAAGACCAGUUAUUUGUGCCGUGCCAAUUAUUUGUCCUGUACCGUGA